GUAUUGAGUAUGUGAUACAGUGAUGCUAGCAUGAGAAAAAUCGAUAGAAAUACAAGGAUAUAAAUACCACCCUCUCUUUUACAUUUUUUUUCUCAUUAUUUAUCAUGUCUUCUACUGUUACUCUUACUGCUUGCUCCAAUGGUCACCGUCUUGGUGGUGCCAAUGAGUUUGUCCCUGACAAGAAGCUUCAAGACUUUGAUAACUACAAGUUUGCUCCUAUUCGUGAAGCUCAAGUCAAUCGUGAGAUGGUUACGCGUUACAUGAACGAUAUGCUCGAAUACGCUGAAUCUGACGUGGUAAUUGUUGGUUGCGGUAGUGCUGGUCUUUCUUGUGCCUGGGAAUUAUCCAAAGACCCUAGCUUGAAGAUUGCCAUUAUUGAGCAAAGCGUUUCUCCUGGUGGUGGUUGUUGGUUAGGCGGUCAACUCUUCUCUGCCAUGGUUGUCCGUAAACCUGCUGAUAAGUUUCUUAAUGAACUUGGUAUCCCUUAUGAUGAAAAAGACGAUUAUGUCGUUGUCAAGCAUGCUGCUUUGUUUACGUCUACCAUCUUGUCCAAGCUCUUGAUGCGUCCCAAUGUAAAGCUUUUUAACGCUACUGCUGUUGAAGACCUUAUUGUCAAGGGAGGUAAAGUCGCUGGUGUUGUUACCAACUGGACUUUGGUCAGUUUGAACCAUGAUACUCAAUCUUGUAUGGAUCCUAAUGUGAUGGAAGCCAAGGUUGUUGUUUCUGGCACUGGUCACGAUGGUCCUAUGGGUGCAUCUUCAGUCAAGCGUUUGGAAUCCAUCGGCUUGAUUGAUCAAAAGAAAGGCAUGCUUUCGCUUGAUAUGAACUCUGCUGAAGAUGAUAUUGUAAGAUAUACUCGUGAAGUUGUUCCUGGCAUGGUUGUUACUGUAAGUACACAAUUUACUUAGUGAAUGGCCUAUUGAAUUCUAUAUGAUAGGGUAUGGAACUUGCUGAACUCGAUGGUGCUCCUCGAAUGGGUCCUACUUUUGGUGCCAUGU